AUGAUGAACGUCACUGAAGCGGAAAAAGAGGAAAUAAACACUCCCAAUGCUUCGUUUCCAGACCUUGAAAAGAGACUGGAGCAGUACAUGGGAACACUUUUCAGUAAAAAAUAUAUCUGGACUGAAAAUAUAUGUGAUCCUGCUGCAGUGGAAUACUUCGGUGUGAUGAGCCUAACCGAUGUACGCUCUCCCCGGCGUAAGCUCUGGUACAUGUAUUAUAGCACCAGCGAUCAGGUUGACAUCACGGUUGACCGCAUCCACCGCAAAUAUGGCCAGAAAAAUAUGUACGAUCUGUUUCGAAAGCCCAUCUUCAGUGGUGCCGGUCUGCGAUCCCGGGUAAAGAAUCACUUUGCAGCCCUGAAGUGGUACGUAAAAGGGAAUAUACUGGAGGCCCCGCCAGAUACCUUAUACAAUGACGAAAAAGUGAUAAACACUAUUACAGACUUGUAUUAUGCCGAACGGCGAAGGUAUUAUGAUUUUAUAAUGGGCCAAAAUGUUUAUUUUAAAAGCUGGGGGGUUGCACCGGCGUCUACUUAAUAAAAUCAUAUUUAAUUUAAUAAAUACACUUUUAAGGGCGAGUGGGUACGAGUUCAUAGAAAUCUGGUUUUGUUGCAAGAGAUCUAACUUUAAAAGCGCAAAUAUAGAAAUAUUAGAAGGCUUUGAUUCUGUCGGAAGCCAUCUGCUGAUCCUAUGGAGGCCGGCUAUCUAAAACUUCCGCAUC